CAAAGUGCCGUUGUUGUGACGACCAUUUGAAUGGAUUACGAAAACUGUCCGAGGAAACAUGAAGUCGACACAUAUAUUCGAGAGCAUAAACUUGUAGAACUUUUUAACAAUCUAACCUCUUUGCUAAUUUAUAAUCAACCGGACAACCCACGAAAAUUCAUGCUGGAGACCUUAUGCCGGCUACGAGAAUCCAGAGGGCUACAAUGUGAACCGCCAUCGUUAUUUACUCAGAAAAAUGCCGAGGCAAUAUUUGAUAUGCUGGACCCAUGUGAGAAAAGGGCGAUAUCAUAUAAACAAUACUGCCAUGCGCUGGAAACACUUGGUAUCACGAAGUAUGACACAAAGUCAACUGGAAGCAAAAAUGACGAAAUAUCAAAAGAAGACUACCUCGAGGAAGCAAUGCAAGGAUUGUAUAAAUUGGCCAAGACAUAUAAAAGAUAGUAUGGUUUAACUUCGAGCAUUGCAUUACCAGAAACUGAGGUUUCUGAUUAACCACUUAUGUUUUGUAAAAUCUGAUAUACUUGGAAGUGUUGAACACAAGUUGAAGUGAAACUAAUAUCUUCAAGGAGCUUUUUAAGACAAGAUGCUCUCUCCAAACGCUUCAUUCCACCAGUAACCCAGUCUUAUGAAACGACCUGAAAUGAAACCGAAAGUGCCUAACGCUUCACCGAGCACAAACCAGGUGUCAGUACAUG